UUCCAAUUCAACGUUUUCGAGUCUUCAACAGCAUCGAUCGAGAUGGGGCGCUCCGGAUUUAGGGCGGUGCUUCUGAUAGCAGUUGGUAGUGUGAUCGCACUUCAGCUGUGGGCUUCGGUGGAAGCUACAUCCGAUGUGUCUGAGCAGUUUCAGCUUUUGACAGGAGGCGGCGGCUACUCCAAGGGCUCCAAGGGCGAUUCUGGCUACGGCGGCAAGGACGGCUACGGCGGAAAAGAUGGUAACGACGGCAAGGAUGGCUACGGCGGCAAAGACGGUAACGAUGGCAAGGAUGGCUACGGCGGAAAAGAUGGUAACGAUGGCAAGGACGGCUACGGCGGCAAAGAUGGUUACGGCGGAAAAGAUGGUAACGACGGCAAGGAUGGCUACGGCGGCAAAGAUGGUAACGACGGCAAGGAUGGCUACGGCGGAAAAGACGGUAACGGCGGCAAAGAUGGCUACGGCGGAAAAGAUGGUAACGACGGCAAGGAUGGCUACGGCGGCAAAGAUGGUAACGACGGCAAGGAUGGCUACGGCGGAAAAGACGGUAACGGCGGCAAAGAUGGCUACGGAGGCAAAGAUGGUAACGGCGGCAAAGAUGGCUACGGAGGCAAAGACGGUAACGGCGGCAAAGAUGGCUACGGCGGCAAAGAUGGUAACGGCGGCAAAGAUGGCUACGGAGGCAAAGACGGUAACGGCGGCAAAGAUGGCUACGGAGGCAAAGACGGUCACGACGGAAAGGAUGGCUCCGGCGGCAAAGACGGUAACGGCGGCAAAGACGGUCACGACGGAAAGGAUGGCUACGGCGGCAAAGACGGUCACGACGGCAAGGAUGGUAACGGCGGCAAAGACGGUCAUGACAACGGCGAUGACUGUUAUUACGAUCGCAACCGCAAGGGUUACUAUGGCGGCGGAAAGGGUUACUACGGCGGCGGAAAGGAUUACUAUGGCAGCAAGCCUUGCACUCCCAAGUCCCCACCACCUCCAAAGAAAUCUCCUCCUCCCCCCGUAGUUGUCAAGUCCCCACCACCUCCAAGGAAAUCUCCUCCUCCUCCAGUCGUAGUGAAGUCACCUCCCCCUCCAGUGAAAUCUCCUCCUCCUCCAGUCGUUGUGAAGUCCCCUCCCCCUCCAGUGAAAUCUCCUCCUCCUCCAGUCGUUGUGAAGUCUCCUCCCCCUCCAGUGAAAUCUCCUCCUCCUCCCGUUGUUGUCAAAUCACCACCCCCUCCAGUGAAAUCUCCUCCUCCUCCCGUUGUUGUCAAAUCACCACCCCCUCCAGUGAAAUCUCCACCACCUCCAGUCGUUGUCAAGUCUCCUCCCCCUCCAGUGAAAUCUCCCCCUCCUCCCUACGUACCGAAAUCCCCUCCACCUCCGGCAAAGUCCCCACCACCUCCGGUGGUUGUGAAGUCCCCUCCCCCACCAGUGAAGUCUCCUCCUCCUCCAUAUUACGGAGGAUAUUACUAGGAACUCUUCCGUCAAAGCUCGCCAUGCCUCCUCAACGCGAAAGACCUCAUGGAACUUUCAGAAGGAAGGACGUUGACCUGGCGAAUCAAUAGGAGGAAGGUUUUUUAUCGGUAGAACUUCUGCAAGUGCAGCUUGUUGGGGCAUUCACUGCCUUCUUGCUCCAUCAUGAAGCCAUUUCUCAAUUAUGAAUCAUGAUGGUGCGCUUGAAAAAGCCGUAGAGAAGAAUACUGAAGCCCAUACAAGGCCUGCGGUAUAGCCAUUUAUAGUCAGCAUGACAUAGCACAACAUGUAAUCUUUUUUCUAUAUAUUUAGCUAGUUGAGCUCUAGAUGCAGACGCCGUGGAAGCUUGCGAUGAUCGAGAUCUACGGUGUUGGAAGUCUUGCAGAGCUGGACGUAAAUGCAGAUGUAUACCUGUACACUCAUAUGACGCUGACAGAGUCAACAUCAGUGUCAUGCACAUUGUUUCAAAAUAAAGUCUGCUUAUUUGUUUA